UUUACUGAGCGCCUGCUGUGUGUCGGGCACUGAGUGUACUAAGCAUUGGAGAAACAGGUGAACGAAGCCGGGACAAGUCCUUCCGUGUGUAUCGACCUCUAAUCCUUGCCCUGGUCCGGCGGGCGGGUCGUCUAUUCCUAACGUGUGUAUUUCUGGAGACCCCAAGACGUGAAGGGCUGCAGGGACUAUGCUCCCCCAGAGUCUCUUCGGAGUGCGGAUCCCUUGGCUUAGGCCACGUUCCCCGUUCCUCUAAACCCUUUCCCCAACCAUGUAAGGAGAGGCAGCUGUUGGGGGCGUUCCCAGGAUCUAAAGAUAGCGGCCCCUGCCUUGGAUUCCAAACGCCUCGGGGCAGCGGGAGCUGCCAUGGCACGGCAGCAUGCUCGGACCCUGUGGUACGACAGGCCCAAGUAUGUGUUCAUGGAGUUUUGUGUUGAGGACAGCACCGAUGUCCACGUGCUCAUCGAAGACCACCGCAUUGUGUUCAGCUGCAAGAAUGCCGAUGGAGUGGAGUUUUAUAAUGAGAUUGAGUUCUAUGCCAAGGUGAACUGCAAGGACUCCCAGGAUAAGCGCUUUGGCCGCUCCAUUACGUGCUUUGUGAGGAAAUGGAAGGAGAAGGUGGCCUGGCCCCGACUCACUAAGGAGGAUAUCAAGCCAGUGUGGUUGUGUGUGGAUUUUGAUAACUGGAGAGACUGGGAAGGGGAUGAAGAAGUGGAGCUGGCUCAGGUGGACCAUUACGCAGAGCUUUUGGAGAAGGUCAGCACCAAGAGACCUCCCCCUGCAAUGGACGACCUGGAUGAUGAUUCUGACAGUGCGGACGCAACAAGUAAUUAACUUUCUGUGACAGCAGAGCUGGGGAGGAAGCUGUGGCUAUCUUCCAGUCACUCUAACAAGCUAGGGCCUGGGUCUUUCUCAGCUCUUUGGCUGUGCGCCAGGGUCCUCUGGGAUCUCCGAACUUUCCUAGAAGCUCUUUAUUAAGGGUCCUCCUUCAUGCUUUAUUUCUAUUUCCUAGGCACUUGACUAUGGCUGCUGCAUCAGAUGACAGGAUAGGAGAGGAGUAGACAGGUGGGGCUUCUGACUUCCUACCAGUUGGCUGUAAUCUUUGUGUUUGGGCCACUCAUCAGGGCUUUCUGGAGUAUUUGAGCCUCUGUGUGUGUGUAUGUGUAAGAGCAAAAGCCAUAGAAGCAGCAUAUAGAUUAUAAUAAAUCUGUAGGAACUGUU